GGAAAAAAAGUGCGGCUUAGAUUCGAGUAAAUACGUUUUCAUCAGCUGAUUCCAUAUUAUUUGCUGAUGAUACCAGUUUCAUUAUAAAACGGAAGAAUGAUUAUGAGAUGCAGCAAAAAAUUGAUAAAACAGCGGAAGUGGCAGAAAAAUAGUUUAAACACAACUGUCUAGUCAUCAAUCACAAGAAAACUGUGUGGAUGAACUUCAACCAUACAAGGAACAAAAGUAGGACAAAUGUUAAAUUCACAGUAUCGAAUAGCCAAAUUCAACAAAAGAAUCACAUAAAUUUUUUAGGAUUAUGGGUGGAUUAGCAUCUAAGAUGGCAGAAAUAUGUAGAAAUGCUUAACAAAAAAAUUAAGCAAGUACUAUUACAUAUUAAGAGUGCUUAAAGAUUGCUGCAAUACUGAAACAGUGUUAAGUGCUUAUUACACAUACAUGCAUAGCCUACUGAAGUAUGGAAUAGUGUUCUGGGGAAAUACCUCUUUUGCAAAGCAGUAUUUUAAGCUCCAAAAGAAAGCUUUAAGAUUAAUAAGUGAUGUUGUAUACAGAGCAGCAUAUAGAGGUAUCUUUAAGGAAUUAAAAAUCAUGACUUUACCAUCUAUAUUUAUAUUUGAAAGCAUAUGCUUCAUUAAAAACCAUCAAGUUUCACCUUUGAAUAGUGAGAUCCACCAUUAUCAAACAAGGAACAGGGAUGUGCACGGAAAAUCAAUAUAUCAGGACAGUGCUGUUUAUGAAUCAAAAAUAUGCCAAACAGAAAUACAUUCAAAAAAGAACUAAAAAUUCUACUAACAAACAACAGCUUCUACAGCAUUAAUGAAUACCUGGAACUUUGUUCAAAUCUGUAGAUCUACUUCAUAACUCUCUAAACAAAAAUACAUAGUAAUAAACCAUACCUAGAUAAAACCAAACUUCUUUCAUUUAUGUAUGUAUGUAAUUGUGCACCUAGCUUUUGUGCUGUAUGUUACUAUGCCUAGUUAACUAAAGUACUGGUAUUUAAUAGUUUACUAAAAUCAACUGAGGGGUUACGCAAGAUUUUCCUCUAUGUGUAUAUAUGUAAGCAGAAUAAUGUUUUU